AGAGAGUGUUCUCCUGAAAAGCUAUGUAGAGGAAAGACAAUGGGAAUCUCAGGAUAGACUAAGAAUAGGAGCCCAACUGAGCUUUUCAUGGCCGUGGCUGAUUUUCCCACCACUGCGGUCUGCAUUUAUCAUUUUUAAUUGGUAAAGAAACUCUCUGAAAUAGAAGAUUUAGGGGUUUUAUUUUCAAUUGCUGAAAAACUGAUAUUGAUAUUUACCCAGAAAUUCUAUAGAUGAUAUAUUUUUGACCACCUCCCCUUCUUCUUCUUCUUCUUCUUCUUGUAUUUUGAUUGCCUACAAAAUGAGGAGUUCCCUCCCCUUGCCAGAGACAGGUUUCCUUCAGUCCAAUUCUGGCACCAAUGACUUUACAGGACCAGGACUCUAGCAAGCAGCAUUAUCCAGACCCCCGUCCCCUCCCCCCUCCCCACCAUCCUGGAUACAGAUCUAUACCUACAGUAAUAGGAGCACAUGUAUUUGUGAUGGGAGUACCACUCAGAUCUAAUAUAGAUUUAUUCUAACCCGGGAACGAGACUGCAGAUAAAACAGACUUUUCUCUCCUGCGGGCAGCUCCUUGUCGGAAGGAAAACUCAUCUGGAAAUAUCUGUCUGCAGAAAAAAAAAAAGGAGACAUAGAAGCUUAUUUUUUUAAAUAAUUUUUCAAAAAAUUAAUUUCUAGAAGAAAAUGAAUUCCUUGAAGCAUGCGGACUCUUAGCCAAGGCUGCAGAAUCAGAUCGCAAGCCCACGGCAGAAGGUAACUGUGCAGCAUUAUCGAGUGGGCUCUCCCUGCUUCUUAGAAUGAGUAAUUGCAGCAGCCGGGCAUUGACCCUACUCAGUAGUGUCUUUGGGGCAUGUGGUCUCCUUCUAGUAGGGAUAGCUGUAAGCACUGAUUACUGGCUCUACAUGGAAGAGGGGAUCGUUCUGCAGCAGAACCAGACAACAGAAGUGAAGAUGGCUCUUCACGCAGGACUUUGGAGGGUGUGCUUUGUAGCUGGUCGGGAGAAAGGUCGCUGCGUCGCAUCGGAAUUUUUCCAUGGGCCAGAUACUGACAUUGUAACGGAAAAUACAGCAAACAUACUCAAGACAAUCCGCAGUGCCACCCCGUUUCCGAUGGUCAGCCUUUUUCUUGUGUUCACUGCCUUUGUUAUAAGUAACAUUGGGCAUAUUCGGCCCCAGAGAACCAUUCUUGCUUUUGUUUCUGGAAUCUUCUUUAUACUAUCUGGUCUUUCCUUGGUGGUGGGGGUGGUCCUCUACAUCUCAAGCAUCAAUGACGAAGUCAUGAACCGGCCCAGUAGCUCAGAACAGUAUUUUCAUUAUCGCUAUGGAUGGUCUUUUGCUUUUGCAGCUUCAUCAUUUCUCCUGAAAGAGGGUGCUGGUGUAAUGUCAGUCUACCUUUUCACCAAACGCUAUGCUGAAGAGGAAAUGUACCGUCCCCACCCUGCCUUGUACCGACCCCGGCUCAGCGACUGCUCUGACUACUCAGGUCAGUUUCUUCACCCUGAGGUAUGGCAUCGUGGCCGCAGUCCUUCAGACAUCUCCAGUGAUGUGUCAAUCCAGAUGACUCAAAACUAUCCACCAGCCAUCAAGUAUCCAGACCACAUACACAUAUCUACGUCACCCUGCUAGAGUCGCAAACAACUGGAAAAUAUUUGGAAGUUGCUAUGUAUCUCCAUAGGUUCAACUUCUCCAGGCAGACGUCAGAGUUUGUCCUGUUUAAUCAGAGACAGUGUUCUGUGGAGCUCAACAGUAAACAUUUACUUCCAAGUGUCUGAAUUGCUACAGUUUCUCAUCUCAAUCCAUGUUUUCUUAUGUAUGCUCUUGUUUUACGGCCAGUCAGUCUUCCCAACAAGGAUUUCUUUGUUAUGCUCUUGCUUCAUGAAAUUGGAGCAUUUUUGGUGGCCACAACACUCUACCAUACCAAUUUGUUAUUUUUUUUUUAAUCAUUAAUUCCAGCCAUUCUGGCCUCUUGGAGAGCCUUUUCUUAACUCAACCAAGGGAUUCUUGACAUAAAGAAAACCUGCACUACAAGCCAUGUGAACAUUUUUUUUUCCUGAUUUUAGAAUGGGGAAUCAUAAACUGGAACAAAAGAGAAUUUGAGAAAAAUAAUUUUCUUCUACUUUAUUUGAAUGAGCCAUUUAGAAAACUCUUAAUAUAUAGUUAUUGGGCAAAGCACCUUGACACAAAUGUAAAAGAAUAUAUGUCCCCCAGAAAUAACUUUUUACUCAUGACUUACUCAAGACUCUACAUCCUGAGCAAAUGUCUAUUCUUUUUAAUACCAUGAUAUGUGUCACCCAAGACUAUCAACGUAUAGGGAUACAAAAAACUGGUUUCUUUCAUUUUUUCUAGAGGUCUCCAAUACUAAACCAUGUUGCUAAUAAAAGAGGAUGCAGCUCAUAAAGACCUUGUUAGGACCUGCUGUAUGUGAUACAGUAUUUCAGGGACAGGCAGCCUGGUUGAGGUGGGCAGGGAUUGGGCUACUUGAGGGAUGAAGGCAGUUGUAUGAGUGAUGCAGAUUAUCAAGGUAAUUGCAUGGCUAAGGGGUACAGGGAGCUGUAGUUCUGCAAAUGCUGAAGCACUUCAGAUUACUAACUGGCUGUUCUCAAUGCUAAAGGAUUGCAUAUUAUGUGGAAACAAUUAUUGGGCACUUAUAUCCACUUAUUACAGGGCUAAAAUUUUAAUUUUUCUGUUCUAAAUAAUGAUUUCAUUAAAAACUACUGAAUUUUUUGAGUUUAAGAAAGGGAUUAGAAAACAGAAAAUGUAAUUAUUUCACCCUAACCCUGCAGAAAACAAGUGCAUGAAAUGUAACAGGUGUAUGUCUCUUUGAAAGGGAAAUCACAUCUGCAAAAAAAAAAUAGUUUUUUCUUAAGAAACGUAUUGGCAGCCAUUGAGCCCAAAUGUACCAGUUCAGUAGACCCAGUCAGUGCCUUAUGUAGGCUGCCAGCCAUGGAUCCACCAGGUCAUAUUUUGCACAGCUUCAAUGUGACUUUCAGGAUAAUCUUAGUCAUUGGCCUCAAAUAUAAUAUUUCGUCUGAAAUGUUCCUUCUAUCCAGACUGAUGAAGUACAUCAGUCACUGAAUGGUCUAACAAAUAGGUUUCCAAACUGAUACCCUGACCUGUACCCCAGAUGAAUAGAAAGCAGUUGAAUGGCUUGGUAAGCUUGAAGGACACUUAGGGGGAGAUUUAGGAUGAUUUCUUUAAUUACUAGAUAUUCUUGGGAGCCUAUUCUAAAGGACAAUUUGGUUUAAAUUUAGGACAUUUACUGUAUUUGCUGUCCUACUGGAUGAGACGGGUGCUAUAACAGUAGUAGUACUAUAUUCAGAGCAGACCCAAUUGCUAAGGACUAAAAUCCAGAAGUUCCCUCAUCAGGAUCUUGUAACCUGUGAUCCUUUCCAUCCGUCCUCUAUGUGCCAAGCUUUUAUGUUUUAUUGUCUUUCUUUCCUCCUCGUUUGCUAAAGCAGCACAUCUUUCACCAGUCUGGAACAUUUCAGCUACUGUAGCUCUGAAAAAUGGAAGUUUCUGAAUCUGUGUUUUCAUUUCUGGCAAACGCUCUGCAAUGACAAUAAAGAUGGCUCUGAAAUCCACGCAGACUUUUGUUCUGCAGCAGAGAAGACUGCAUUUUUCAAGAAGCUUGGCAUUCUGCAUGCUAAUCAGUAGUGUGGUUAAAUACUGCUGGCACAAAUGACACUAAAACAUCUUUAUGAUUGAGACAACAUAAAGACUGGCAAUACAAGGAACGUCCAAUUAGGCCGACAAAUGUUGUGCCUGAAGAAUAUUUUUUUCUCCUCCUCUUUUCCAUGUUGCACUAAUGUUACAACACAUACAGAAGUGUUGGUUCAAUAAGUAUAGCAAAAACAUACAGACUGAUGAAUUGCUUUCAAUCUGCUGCUGUGGUCCUCACCGUAACACGGGAAAGACUCGGCUAACAUUCACCCAUCUCUUGUUCUUUCAUCCAAGGAAGACAUAUUGUUUCUGCAAUGAGCAGAAUAUGAUGGUCUCUCUUAAGCACUGAAAUGUAUGUAGACAGUUGAUAUAUAUAUCAAUGCAAUGUAAGAAAUGUAACGAGAUAUUAUAAUGAAAUAAUGGAGCCUCUGGAUGUCUUUACUAGUCCCAAGAGACCCUUUUUAUUAAAUGUAGGCUCUGCAAGGUCAGUAAAGAUCUCUAGACAUGUCAUUAUUGGUAAGAUUAUUUCCUUACUAAUUAAGGAUAAUUAUUCUAUUUUUGCAAUAGUUUAGAUUUAAGCUGUGUUUUCAUAUAGUUAUGUUUGUUAGAUUGAAUUUAAGUGGGACUGGAAGAAAUGGUAUUCAAACUAUGACAGAGUUGUUCUAGACCAGUGAUCCCCAACCAGUGGCUCAGGGGCAACAUGUUGCUCACCAACCGCUUGGAUGUUACUCC